AAAUAAAUUAAACUCUUUUUUUUUUUUUGGUUGCUGUUGCUGUGAAAGAAAGAGCAAGCAUAAAUACCAUCGAGCGAGGAGACUAUUCUCUUGUGCAAUUUCGUUGACCAGAGAAACCAAAACGAUGAUGAAUCUUAGGGUUUUGUUCCUCGCUCUCCUUCUCCUUGCAUCUCCUCUGCUUCAAGUUGCUAGAUGUCAAGAAGAUUCCGAGGAUCAUUCCAGUCUUGUUGACGAUGUUGUGGGAGAAAACAGUGAUUCUGGUGUUGAGGAAGAUGAUCAAGAUUUGGAUGUGAACUUGACCUCUGCUCCUGGAGUUGAGACUGUUUGUGUUUUCCCCAAAAACAGUGCCAAAUUGGUUCCUGCUGGAGAAGAGACUGAGCUCCUUGUUGGUCUGAAAAAUGAUGGAAAAUCUAGCGUAGGUGUGAUGGGGAUUAGGGCCAGCGUUCAUCUUCCUUAUGAUCAUAAGUUGUUGGUUCAGAAUCUAACAAUGAUGCGAUUCAACAAUGCAUCCAUCCCAACGUCUCUUCAAGCAACAUUCCCAUACAUCUUUGCAGUCAGCCAGUACCUUCAGCCUGGAGCAUUUGAUCUGGUGGGUUAUAUCAUCUACGAUGUGGAAGGGAAGGCACACCAGAGUGUCUUUUACAAUGGAACCAUAGAGGUAGUUGAAUCUGGAGGUCUUCUCAGCGGCGAAUCUGUCUUCCUUAUAACACUUGGAAUUGCUCUCCUCCUCCUCCUCGGUCUAUGGGCAUACAGCCAAGUACAGCGUCUCACUAAGAAAACCAAAAAGGUGUCCAAGGUGGAAGUAGGAACCAGGUCUACCGACGCAUCACUCGACGAGUGGCUCGAGGGAACUCCUUUGGCCAAGACAUUGUCUGGGAAAUCGAAGAACAAGAAGAACUAAAAGAGCUGUUCUGCUCUUUCCAGUUUUUUUUUUCAUAGACUCAGCCUUUUGGCGUUUUGAAAGAGUUUCCAAGUUUUAAGUUUAGGGUUUAAAAGUUAAAACGUUACUUUUUUUUCGUUGUUUGUACUAUUUAGACAAUCUUUCUUUCCUUCUUGACAUAAUGUCUCCUCAUGAAACAACUUUACUUAUAAUGAUGUAGAAUCUGCCGUUUACUUUCUUUAUCAAUCCUCUAUAUAAGAAGAAUUGGAUCA